GUGUACGAGAACAAAAGCCAUGUGUACGAUCCAUCGAUACCAGGAAUCGGUCCGCAACUCGUCUAUGAGAACAACGUUUUUAAUAUCACCGGCAACAAGAAAACAGAUGAGUGUGAGUUGGUGUUGGAAACAAUGCAGAAAGGAAAAGUCAUGCUGAAUAAGCAGAACAGAAUAGAUGCAAACAGCGGCAAUCAACUGUGGGUAAUAUGCAGAGAUGGGUGUAUAGAAAACGUUGGCAUGUCACAUCGCUCGAAAACUCGAAUUGUUUUGGACGUUCUGGAGCGAAUGGGUUUUCAGCUGAUGAUGACACCCCGCUCGUCGUCUCGUGAUCGAUAUCAAAAAUGGACGUUGUCGCCG